AUGGCCAACGAGACGACACCUCUGUUAGUGGAGGAGAAUUUCCUGACCGACCAUAGAUGCUUGUCCCGCGACAUUUACGAUAGAUUUAGUCGCAAUUCGAAGAUUGUGAUACUGACAAUCGUUUCGGUUGGCGGUGUCUUGCCACUGACCGUGGGCUGGAAUUUCGUUCCUUCUAUACCUCAAAUUGCAAAGGACAUGGAGUCCACGCCCGCUGUCAUAAGCCUGGCUAUCAGCAUAUCUAUCUUCGCGUUUGCCAUUGGCGCUAUCAUUGGGGCAACCUAUGCAGGCUUCUAUGGUCGACGGUCGGUUUAUCUGUUCAGUCUACCUGUGCUUUUGCUUGGCUCGACAGGGGUCUCGUUGGCCCAAUCAGUACCUGAGCUCAUGGUAUGGAGGUUUAUACAAGCUAUGGGUGCCGGCCCUGGUGGCUCUGUUGGUGCAGGAACCAUUGGGGAUAUAUACAAACUCGAGGAACGGGGUAGGGCGAUGAGUGUGUAUUUCUUGGCAUGUCUUCUUGGUGUGGCUCUGGCCCCACUCGCUGGUGGUUAUGCCGCCCAUUAUGCUUCAUGGCGCCUGAUGCAACUCGGACUUGGGUGUAUUGGCUUCGCACUUUGGUUCGCCGUGCUCUUAUGGCUGCCCGAGACUAGCCAUCCUGGUACCAGAGGGAUAGAGAAGAUCGAUGCCCAGUCCCUUCCCCGCUGGCGCUCAGUCAUUUUGAACCCAUUACGGCCUCUCGCGUUUUUACGAAGCCCGGUAAUGCUUUCGAUUGCGCUGGUCACGGCAUGUUCUCUCUACGUCUACCAGGUUCUUUUGAUACCCCUUUCUUACACCUUGGCUUGUACUGAGAACGACCUUCCAGUUGGCACACCGAUCAUUGGUUAUAUCUGUGAUAUGACAGUGAUCAAGUGGAAGAACAAACGAAAUGGAGUGUGGUGCCCCGAAGACCGACUGCGUCCUGCGCAGAUCCCGCUCUUGGUUAUUGUCCCAGUAUCGUGCUUUCUCUCGGGUUUAUUCUCAAGGUAUGGUACCGGGGCUCUCGGACUUUCCCUGAAUCUUCUUUGUCUCUUUUUCAAUGGCUUCGGGCUUGAGAUGGUGUGGGGACCCUGCGCAGCUUACUUGGUCGAUGUGGCGCAUUCUAGAAGCGCGGAAAGCGUCGCCGCUAAUGCGGCCCUACGCUCAGCGAUAGUUUCCGUUGGUGUUGGCAGCAUCGUUCCCAUGAUUGAGGCCUGGGGCGUUGUGGCGACCAAUUCACUCGCCUCUGCUGUUUCUAUUGUGGGAUUCGUCUUGCUCUGGCUUACAAUUCGGUUUGGGGAUGAACUCCGUGCUGUCGUGGACGUUGGAUUUUCGACUGCUGACUCCAACUGA